UUAUUUUGACUUUUCUGGUUAAGUAACAGUGAUACCUAAAAGUUAGAGAUUCCUGUUUGUGUACAUUUGCUAAGGGGAGGAGAAAAAAAGAUCUACAUUAAGUUUGUGGUAAUUGAAGUGGCUUUAAUUACCUGUCAGACUGCUGUUGUUGAGUGGUGUUACAGGUUGAAACAGCAGAUCUCUGGUAUGGCUGGCAGGUAUUCACCUUACACUAAAUCUCAGCAUUUUGGAUGGAAGUUGAAAUGUGCCAUUUCAAGUAAAUGUAUUUCAUGUGUUGUUCACGAACUGCCAUGGAAGUGAUGGCAGUGUUAGAUAAGUUGUUCCUCAGUUUGGGAAUGUAGAAGAACAGUGCAGUAUUAAAUGAAUGUGGAGGUAUACAUGUGAUAGAUAGGUACUCUGGGGUCCUUUAUGGUAAUAUUUCACUGUCACAACUCUCCCAUCCUAAUUGCAUGUCUGUGUUCAGGUGGAAGGUAAAAGGAGGAAAAAGAAAAUCAACCUCUUUUUAAGGGAAACAGAAAUGUUCAAACAGGAAAGCAGACCUUGGUAGCCUCUGAUCGUUACUCUUACAACUACAACUUUUUUUGACCUCUGCUAUUCCUUUGCUCCCAUUCUCUCCUUGUUUUUCUUUCCUCUUGCUAGCAGUGUCACACGUACCUGCUUGUUUGGAAGUUGUGCAGGAGAAAAAAAUAAGUGGAACAUAAAUGCAUGAAGCCCUUCUGCACAGGGGUGAUUGAUCAAAUAAACAUUGGGAACAUGCUUGUUAGGUUUUUAAAUCCUUAGCUUUGUUUCUUCUUGUUCUGUGGUAGAAUGUCAGAGGUGGAAAAGGAAACCGGUGGAUUUUGGUGCUGAGAGUUCAGUUGGGAAGCGAUGGGAUGCUGAAGAAAUGGUGUUUGUAUUCUUAGCAGGCCUGGGGCCAAUAAGCUCUGAGUAGACACAAAUGAACCAACACACAGAACAGCCGCAUCUCUCUCACUGCAGUCCCUCAAGUGCAGCCACUGAUCACGAGAUGUUACCACAGAACCUACCUCAGACUUCGCUUUUGCCGAUUCGUUUCCUGCAUCGUUAUCAAUCUCUCCAGGAGCCCUGCAGACACUCUUGAAAGUCUCUGGACGUAUUGUGCCAUCGUCAAAGCAUGAUGACCUAACGUAGGUCAAAGUCUGGAGCAUUGAUCCAGCUGGCAAAGAUAACGCUGCCUUUUUGUUUGAUCGGUAUCACUUCUGAACUGACUUCAGAAACGCUCAGCUGGCCUUUAUCUGGCAAAAAGAUCUUCACUUUUCUCUCUGGUCCUGGAAAUAUUAAUGGAAUACAGUCAUGUCUACCCAGGACGAGAAGCAGAUAAAUAGCGAAUAUGCUGUGUCCUUGCUGGAGCAGUUAAAGUUCUUUUAUGAACAGCAGUUGCUAACUGACAUAGUAUUGAUUGUGGAGGGUACAGAAUUUCCCUGCCAUAAGAUGGUUCUUGCAACAUGCAGCUCAUACUUCAGAGCUAUGUUCAUGAGCGGGCUAAGUGAAAGCAAACAAACACACGUGCACCUGAGGAAUGUGGAUGCAGCCACUUUGCAAAUUAUAAUAACGUACGCAUACACGGGUAACUUGGCAAUAAGUGACAGCACAGUAGAACAGCUUUAUGAAACUGCCUGCUUCUUACAGGUAGAUGAUGUGUUACAGCGGUGCAGAGAGUACUUAAUCAAAAAGAUCAAUGCAGAAAAUUGUGUGCGCCUGUUAAGUUUUGCUGAUCUCUUCAGCUGUGAAGAGUUAAAGCAGAGUGCUAAGAGAAUGGUGGAGCACAAGUUCACAGCUGUGUACCACCAGGAGGCUUUCAUGCAGCUGUCACACGAUCUGCUGAUCGAUAUUUUGAGCAGUGACAACUUGAACGUGGAAAAGGAGGAGACGGUUCGUGAAGCCGCUAUGCUGUGGCUGGAGUACAACACGGAAUCACGGUCGCAGUAUUUGUCCUCUGUUCUUAGCCAAAUCCGAAUCGAUGCACUUUCAGAAGUAACACAGAGAGCCUGGUUUCAAGGCUUACCGCCCAAUGAUAAGUCUGUGGUGGUACAAGGACUGUACAAAUCUAUGCCCAAGUUUUUCAAGCCCAGGCUUGGUAUGACAAAAGAGGAGAUGAUGAUAUUCAUUGAAGCUGCUGCUGAAAAUCCCGGUAGUCUUUAUUCUUCUGUCUGUUACAGCCCACAGGCAGAGAAAGUUUACAAGCUCUGCAGUCCUCCUGCUGACUUGCAUAAGGUUGGAACACUUGUAACUCCUGAUAAUGACAUCUAUAUAGCAGGGGGGCAAGUUCCUCUGAAAAAUGCAAAAACCAAUCACAGUAAAAGCAGCAAGCUCCAGGCCGCCUUCAGAACUGUGAAUUGCUUUUACUGGUUCGAUGCACAGCAAAACACUUGGUUUCCAAAGACACCGAUGCUCUUUGUUCGUAUCAAGCCGUCCCUGGUCUGCUGUGAAGGAUACAUCUAUGCAAUCGGAGGCGACAGCGUCGGCGGAGAGCUCAACAGGAGAACGGUCGAAAGAUACGACACAGAAAAGGACGAGUGGACCAUGGUGAGCCCGCUGCCCUGUGCGUGGCAGUGGAGCACGGCGGUAGCAGUUCACAACUGCAUUUACGUCAUGGCACACAACUUGAUGUACUGUUACUUUCCCAGGUCAGAUGCCUGGGUAGAAAUGGCUAUGCGACAAACAAGCAGAUGUUUUGCUUCAGCUGCCGCUUUUGGCGAUAAAAUAUUCUACAUCGGAGGACUCCACAUCGCCAGCAACUCUGGCAUAAGGCUCCCAAGCAGUACUGUGGACGGGUCUUCCGUAACUGUGGAGAUCUACGACGUGAAUAAAAACGAAUGGAGAAUGGCGGCUAACAUCCCUGCCAAGCGCUAUUCUGACCCGUGCGUGAGAGCCGUUGUCAUCUCCAACUCCUUGUGUGUCUUCAUACGAGAAACCCACAUGAACGAGAGAGCGAGGUAUGCCACCUAUCAGUACGACCUGGAACUCGAUCGCUGGUUUCUAAGGCAGCACAUAUCGGAACGCGUGCUGUGGGACUUGGGCAAGGACUUUCGGUGCACUGUAGGAAAGCUGUAUCCAUCUUGCCUCGAAGAGUCCCCGUGGAAACCUCCAACGUAUCUCUUCUCACCAGAUGGAGCGGAUGAAUUUGAUCUGGAUGGGGAGAUGGUUACUUUACCACCUGUACAGCUCCAGAAUUAGACUGCGCGACCCAUUCAGUGUAUGGUUACCUUGAAAUAAAUGAUUGUGAGAAGUCUGGGAAGAAGAAUGUCCAAUCAGUCCUUCAUGAGUUGUAUUUUUAUGCCCUACCAAAUACUUGCAGCAGUUCAGUAUGAAUUGAUGAAAUAAGCUGGUAUGCUUCCAUAAUCUGAAAUAAUAAUAUCUGAUAAUUGAGAAACAUGUAUGUAUAUCAUGAUCUUAGUCAUCUGACUUGUCUAAAGAAUUAAUUUCUAGUUCUGUAAAGCCUGUUUCAGGAAAACUAGCUUCAGAAAAAAAAAAUAUUUACUGUUUCUAGGAUGAUAUCAUAACUCUUCUGAAAGUACCUUGCAGUUAUAUUUGAACUACUUCUGGGUGUUCUAAUCAAGUGCUAGUUAUAUAAUUGUUGGUGUGGCCUAAUUAAGGGACUGUGCUGCACUUAAUACUAGUAUCCAUGUUGGUAUAGUAAUGCCAUUUAAAAACAAACAAAAACAAAUCCCAUGGAUCUACCUGCAGUAGGAAGGGUAGAUCUUCCAUUGUAUUGUAAUGUGCAGGGCAAGAUGACUGCAGGUUCAGUCAAGCUGUACUAUUAGGUGCAUGUACUCUAUUUUCACAAACUUAUACCUGUCUGUUUAGAAUACAGGUCUUCCAAGCAGCUGGUAGUUUACCAGGUGUGGACUUAAGUUGCUGGGCUUGCAAUAGGAAUUGUCAGCCCUCAUAGUGCGGGUCUCUGUGGAGCUUUAAUCAGUGAAUGCCUCCACAUUCUGUAUUACAGUAACAUUGGCUCAUGUAUAUUACUUCCUGCUGCUGAUGUAUUUUUCCAUUGUAAAACAAAGUUUUAGUGUGGAUUAACCAGGUCUUUAUUUUCUGUUAAUUUAAUAACAAGCAUUACUGUAGUGUGAUUGUGUAUAGAUAUCCCUUAGCUAUCAGGUUUUUUACUUCGGGGGGACGGGGGGAAGCAACCAGUUCAGGAAUAUCCUGUACUCUUUGUGCAGGAGAGCAGAUGACUCGUGCUGCUCCGGCAUUAAUCCCAGGAACCACUAGCAGUAGCGGGGCACCGCCAGCCUAACAUGAACACAGGUGCUUCAUGACAAACCUUACUAGCAUGUUCAGUUGCAUCAUGUUCUGGCACUGUAUUUUGAAUGACAUUAAUUUAUUAAAAAAGACUGAAUCCAA